AAAACACAGCUUCCUUCUGCAUAUGUAGAUAAUAAUACCUUUAAAUUCGCUGGAUUUUGAAUUAUGUCUCAGAACACGUGAUCCAAAUUACUAGAGCUUUCAUUUUCAAAUGUCCAUUAUUAUGUUGCAAUGUCGUUCUUCCGUCGAAAAUCAGAUAAAAAGAAAGCUGAUAAGGCAAGCCCUAAACCCUCAAACAGGCCAGUCUGGUCAGAACAUAAUGGAGCCCCAGGUUUUAAUUCUGACAUUGCCAGGAAAACAGAGUUGCUCCUUGUUGAAGAAGAUUUUCACCCGGGUGACUUAGGAGUAAGUCGAAACGCACAAAGUGAAUACAAGAAGUACUCUCGAUUAUCUCCCUUACUAGAAGACAUUGUCCGUGACCAUGAAGCAGUGCCAUAUCUUAUCCAGUACCUGGAGGCUCGCAAAGCUUCUGCACUGAUCAGAUUCUGGUUGGAUGCGGAGAGCUUUCAAGCGUCCACUUGGACACGGAUCAGAACACAUUCACUGGAGAGCGUAAGCCGAAGCAUGUUAGUCCAGGAGAAGAAGGCCAGUUCAAUGUCAUCAUUGACGUGCUCAGUGGGUAGAGAUAUCACCAGUCCAGUGUCCUACACCAGUGAUGAAACACAAGAAGACGAGUUAACAAACAAUGCAUGCUUUUCAAACACAAAUCAAAAUCUUCCACAAAUCAAUAAAUGUGAUAACAACGAGUCCAUUUCUGACCAAACUUGUUCAACUGAAACUAGUCAGGGCAACGGACACAGUUCAGGUGUCAGCAAUCCAGACUCAUGUGAUACUCCGAAGUCUUUAAGCAAUUGUGAUCCCAGAGCUCGAGAAAAAUGUAAAACCAACCCAUCUGAAGAAUCCGUUAGUAUUCGGCAUAAUUUAAACCUUCAGCUACAAGAUACCUGUGAUAACCAAAGCGACACAAACUCUGCCAGUGUUGAGAGUGCCCUAUCCUACAGAGACAUUGCCUCGCCUAGUCCAACUGGAAACUCUUUUAAAUCUGAAGUUAGUGGGAGUGCCGCAACUGUGAUGCCAAAAUCAUACAUGCCAUCUAGUUCAAGUCUUGCUGAAAAGCUGAGGAAAAGUGUAGAGCAAGAUGCAGUGCGUAUAUUCACCAAAUACUUAGCUCAAGAAGCCACUCAUCCUAUAGGCAUCACUGAUCAACUAAGGAACCACACUAUCAGAGCAAUCUGUAGAGAAGAUGGUCAGGUAGAUCCGGAAUGUUUUGUAGAAUGUCAGCAGUUUGCAUUGAACAAGAUACAAGAAAGUUAUUUUGAUGGUUAUAAGAGUAGUGCCCACCAUUGUAAAUACCAGGUAGAGGUGCUAACCAGUGGAAUACUCCACAUCACCGAUGUUAUGUACAACGAACAGGCUCUGUUCUACUUUAUGGAGUAUCUGGAGCAGGAGGGCCUCAGUGAUCUGCUGCAGUUCCUCAUAGCGGCUGAUAACUAUGGCGACCUCCUACGAAAUGCAGACACUUACGAUGGGCAAAUGGCACAGACCGACGCCAUGGUGCUCUAUGACAAGUAUUUCUCUCUGCAAGCAGCAGUGUCCCUCGGUUUCCCUGACAACGUGAGGUUUGAGGUGGAGAGUAACAUCUGCCGGGAGGAGGGUCCGCUGCCAGACUGCUUUGCCAAGCCGCGGCAUAUCGUGCUACACACGCUGGAAAAGAGGUAUUUCCAGCAGUAUUUAACCAGUGACAUCUACUACAAGUUUCUGUCGGAGCUAGUGUCCGCUGUACAGACUGCUCAAGAGUUCCCCCUGGGACAGCGUAGAAAAAGACGAGGAAGUGAGACAUCUUCGGAGCACAGUGCAGGUGCCCACUCAGUGGGAGGGGAGAGCAUCAGCUCCCGGAACACCCUCCUGGCGGCGGGCUCAUCUCGGCCUGUGCAGCUGAGCAAGCUCGAAGAGAACAUACGCAACAUCCACAUGGACGACACUCUGCUCAACCCAGACAAACUCUGGGAGAGGAAGGACGCAGGGAAGAUGUCUCUGGGUCAGAUUGACACACUGGGUCAGUUUGUGUCCCAGUUUGACCCAGACCCUGAGGAGCAGGAAGCCGGAAAACAGAAGCAGGGCCGGUUCUUCCGUAGCAAGAAAGACAAGGAGAAGGAGAAAGAAGAAAUGGCUCGCAAGGUGGCCGAGAUGAUCCUGAAGGAUGUGACCUCAGUGACUCAAGCUAUCAGUGCAAUAAAGAACACCAGCUCAAUCAGCGAGAACUCCAAGAAAUCCUGACAGGAUCGGUCAGUGCGCCAGUCCGUCUGUUUGUGAUACAUAGAUCAAGUCGGCAUUGUGCAUUCCAUUGGAGAAUUUGACGAACUAAGAUAGGUCAAUGUUGUAUUUAGUCAUUAAAACCUGUUCUGUCCAUGAUUAUAAUUAUGUUAAUUCUAUGCUUAACUUCUAUGUUAAGUUAUUUUAUAACUUUUUUUUGUAGAGAUCAUGGUUUAAUAGUUUUUGUAAAAUCAAAGGUUAUUGGUGAAGCUUUUAAUGUUCUUAUAUGAGUUAUCAUUUUUUAGUUUUUACAAUUUUAUCUUACCUGAGCAGGAAUUCCUUGAUUAGCUUUUGUUAAAGGGGACAUCUUCAUCUUGAUAAAUUGACACAUAAUUGAUACUUUAAAAUUUCAUGCAUUAUGAUUGUUUAUGAAAUCAAAAUCUAGGAUCUGUCAAUAAUGUAUUUGUCAGAACAGUCCACACGAUUAACUGCCCUUUGAUCAUGUGAAAACAACUGGCUGAUUGGAACUUGAUUGUUCAUCAGAUCUUUACUUAACAUCUACGGCAUUUGAAACACCUUAAGAUGUAGAAACAGUUCAAAGAUGGCCUAGAUCAGUGUACAAACACCAGUGUUAUUGUCCCGUGUUUGCUAGAUUGCAAUUGACUGUCUCUUUUUGUCUAACCUUGACAAAGCUAGUGCAGUUUGGUUUGAUGGCAAGAUCUCAGUGGAAUUUAAAUUAGCCAUACCAUCAGUGUUUGCACUUGGCAAUUGGAAGCAUUAACCCUUUCCCACUUAGAAGCAAAGUGAAAAUGGCUAUGUGCAAACAGCAUAAAACCAGAACAACCUUCGAGUAACUUGCAGUCUGUUCAGUUUUAUGCUGUUUGCGCCUCAUCAGUAUCAGGGUUGAAAUGAAGCCUUUAAAAUUUGAAUCUAGUAAGAAAGGUCUUUAAUUAAAUGUUACAUUCUAAGGGACCACACAUAUGUCAAAAUACGGAUCUAAGUGGUAAAAGGUUUACAGUUAAAUAAACAUCUGAUGUAGGACAGUCAUGUAGGUGAUGUCAUUCAGCUGGCAGAUGUUUUCUUUGUCAUUGCCUGUACUCAGGUGAGCACUUUCAGUCAUCAUGUUGUCCAGAUAAAGUUUUUUGGUUCUUAAAGGGACCGUCAAUCAAGAUUGCCGAAAAAAGACAAGUUCUAAAAUACCGUAUUUUUUCCAAUUAUUAGUUUAUAUUGAUUAAAAUAUAACGACUGGUGUGUCACAUUACUUGAAAAAAGUUACUAUUUUCAGUAUAUUCGGUAAUAACAUUUUGUGAUAUGAAAUCGAAAGUACAACGCGAAAAUAGGUGACAUAGCGAUAUACACAUUAUAAAUAACGCAAGUAGAUUGAUAAUUUUAUAUAUAUAAUAUAUACAAUGCACUAUGCAUGCACAAUUCGCAUUCCUGGGUUUACCACGUGAUGAUGAUGAUCAAUCUACUUGCAUUAUUUAUGGUUAAAUGGUAGUUACCUGGUACCUGUACCCAGUAAAAUUUAUUACCGAAUAUACUGAAAAUAUGAAAACUUUUUUCAAGUAAUGUACUAUACCA